GUAGGAUGGUUUUUUCCGUUUCCACCAUCAUAUACUUGUCACUGCUAUCUCUUGAACUUGCAUCAUUCAAAUCCCAGGUGUUUGCGGGCACUCCUGAUCCUGCUAAUUACCCUAAAUUAGAAGUUGCUCCUCCCAGCUACGAGCCAUGGAACAAGCGAUUUCUUGGAGGUGAUUUACCUCCCCAUGGUACUGAAGCUAAUCUGUGGCGAGACCAAAUUCAAUGUCGUAACUCGCACAGCUGGGCAUUAACAUAUGACGAUGGACCAUCUGAAUUUACACCUCGGGUGUUGAAUGCUCUUGGUGAACACAAUUUCAAGGCAACCUUUUUUGUUAUUGGCAGUAUGGUUGUUCGUAAUCCCAAGUAUAUUCAAGAUGUCUAUGCUGCUGGUCACGAGAUUGGUAUUCACACUUGGAGUCAUCCACAAAUGACUCAGAUCUCGGACGAGCAAAUUGUUGCCGAGAUUUACUGGACUGUCAAAGCAAUUCAGGAAGCUAUUGGUGUUGUUCCCAAACUUUUCCGUCCUCCCUAUGGCGAUAUUGAUGAGCGUGUCCGUACUAUUCUCAAACGUAUGGGUUUGACCAUUAUCAACUGGAAUCAAGACUCUGGAGAUGCUCUUGGUGCCACAGAUGUUGUAGAACGAUUCAAGCAUUGGUCGUCUACAGGCCAUCCUGGUGGAAUUCUAUCACUGGAACAUGAUCGUUUUAACGCCUCGUCUGCUCAGGCCGUGCCUGCCAUGAGUAUUGUUGCUGCAAGCACGUACAAGACGGUCAAAAUGAGCGAGUGUAUUGGUCAAACCAAAAUCUACGACUCUGAGUUGAUGACUGGUAAUGGUCAUGUUGCUCCCUUUUUUGAAUCCACUUCGCCUUCUGUCAUUGUAUCAGUGUCUGCAUCCAUAAAUGCCAGUGCAACCAUGACACAAACUGCUGCAAUGAGCUCCAGUCAGGUGCCAGCCAAAUUAUCUAGUACUACUGAAUCGUUGGCUGGUCUACCUGCUGCCACAAACCCGUCAAAAAAUGAUGCAUUGACUAGUUGUAAAUCUUGGUCCUUGUCAGCCAUGAUGAUCUUGUUUGCUACGUGUGCUGAGUUGGUUUACGGCUGGUGAUAAAGGGAAUGAAG